UGUAUCCAUCGAGUGAUUGCCGUACUGAGUUCAUUCAUUGAACAGUACCGCAAUGCAGACUUCGUACUCCGCAACGUAGGCCUAUUGACCGACUGUGGAAAAUACGGCUGUAAAUGAAGAUGAAAUGCAGUUGUUUUGUAUCGUAAUAAUAGGGAUUUUUUAUGCUUAUUAUUUCAGUGGAUUAUUACGAAAUAAACGAACUUAAAUUGACCCCCAGCUAAGCUUUCUGAUCAGAGUUUGAGUUAUUUUCUCCACUUUAUAAAUUUUAUUACGUGAAUGUGAUGGCCGUGGACUAAAACUGGAAGGAGUCGUGAUUAAUCCCAGCGUUGCCGCUAGAGGGCGCUAGCCGAUAUGUACGUAGGUCACGCUCGGGUCACACUUUACCAAAGUUCGAGUGUCGUCUGCUGCACACCCUGAAAACGGAAUGUGGGGAACACUUAUUUGAUUUUUUUCAAGGUGUUUGUUCACGUCACAUCAUUCAUUCGAAGCCCAAAACAUUUAAUCUUUGUCGUGAUGGCAUCAUCAGCCAUUCGCUACAUAUUCAAAUCAAGAUUCAAGCCACUGAUUGUUGGUUCUGUCGUGGGUGGUUUUGUUUGCUAUGGAACAUACCGGCAAAAGAAAAGUCCACUUCUGGCCAAAACAUCAUUUGCCUCAACUUCUAGUGCAAAUACAUUUAUGGCCGAGACAAUUACACCUGCUACCACCCUCGAGCAAAGCUCAGCCAUGAAGUCAAGAAUGGAGCUGUUCAUCAUGAAAAUCCAGGCUGACCUUUGCAGAGCUCUUGAAGAAAUUGAAGGCGAAAAGAAGUUUCUUGUCGACAGAUGGGAAAGACAAGCAGGAGGGGGAGGGGUGACCUGUCUCAUAGAGGACGGCAAGGUGUUUGAGAGAGCUGGUGUCAACGUGUCUGUUGUCAGUGGGGAACUUACAUCAAAAGCUGUUGCACAGAUGAGAUCAAGAGGGAAGAAGCUAGACGAAGGGAAGAAGUUACCCUUCUUUGCCGCAGGAGUAAGCUGUGUGAUCCAUCCGAUACCUAAGAUCUUCAUCCAGGACAGUCACCAGUCCUUUGGUGGCAUCGUGGAGUUGCUGAGCACUCAUCUGAAUGAGUUCAUCCAAGCUUGUCUUGAUCAAGUCGUACUCUCUCUUGGAAAUAUGGAGUGAGUACCAUAUGGUUGUCAAACUGGAAGCAAUGUAGUCAGUGUCUGCGAAGUGGACCAACAUGAAGAGAAACAGCACAUUCCUUGCCAUGACAAAAGGGUCAAAAUCAUUGAGAGUUAUGUGAAGUUUU